UCAUAAAUAUGGAGAGGAGAGAGAAAUUAGAGAAUGCCCCAUUUCCACCUCUCCUAAUGCAGCCUCCCACCCAUCCCUCCCCCUCCGCCUCCGCCGCCGCGGCCGCAGAAAAAGGCCACGUGUACCGCGGCGUGCGGAAGCGGCGUUGGGGGAAAUGGGUGUCCGAAAUCCGGGAGCCCAAGAAAAAGACCAGAAUCUGGCUCGGGUCUUUCCCGACUCCCGAGAUGGCGGCCAGGGCGUACGACGUGGCCGCCUACUGCUUGAAGGGCGAUAAAGCCCAGCUCAAUUUCCCGGACGACAUCCACCUCCUGCCCCGGCCCUCCACCAGCGCUGCCAGGGACAUACAGGCCGCGGCAGCGCUGGCGGCCAACAUGGCCGCGGAGCAGACUGGCGUAGUCUGCUCCGUGGCUGAAGGGGGCGGGGAGGAUUUUUGGGCGGAGAUUGAGCUGCCGGAGUUGAUGAGUGAUUGUGACUAUUCUUCGCCGGAGAAUUGGUGUUGGAGUUCUAACUAUGGAGAGGUUUAUGGUGAUGCUAAGUUUAUUUAAUUAUGUUAUACUAUAUUCUUUAUAAGUUUAUAGAUUUAUUGUUUGAUUUGUUGUAUAUUUAAAUAAAUAAGUGAUACAUAUAUAGUUUGAUUUGUUGUA